UGGGCUGUCAUCAUCUCCAAAAUGGCGGACAUAUCGACGAACCAGGACUCGCUGACACUCGAGGAGACCAACAAGGUCCGAAUCAGUCUUGGCCUCAAGCCUAUUGGCGCCGCCGACGAUGCAGGCUCGGACGGCGAGCCAGUCGAGGACCGCGAUGCAAUCGCCGAGGAGAACUUUGCGCAGCGGCGCGCCGACAUGAAGCGCGAGCGCGCUGAGCGCGAGAUGAAGGAGAAGAUUGAGCGUGCAAAGAACCAGCGAGCAUUGCAUGCCAAGCUCGCUGGCUCGACACUCGGCGAUGCUGGGCGCGACGAUACGCUCGACGCCAAGAGCUGGGCCCGCAAGCUCGGCAAGCGGAAUAAGCGGCACGAGGCGGAGCUUGCAGCGCGGCGACAGCGCGAGAUGGACGAGGCGGACCGGGUCGCGUAUGGCGAGGAAGACCUGAUGGGUCUCAAGGUAGCGCACGACACGGACGCGUUUGCCGAAGGCGAGACGAUCCUCACGCUGAAAGACUCGAGGGUUCUGGAAGGGGGCGAGGACGAGCUACAGAACGUCAACCUUGCCGAUGAGGAGCGGCACGAGGCCGCGCGUGAGCGCAAGCGCAAGGCUGGGCAGGGGUAUACGGGCUACGACGACGAGGAGUUCGAGGAGGGGCGGAUCGGAAAGAAGGCCGGCGUGCUGAGCAAAUACGACGGCGAGUUUGCGGGUGCCGAGGUGGCGACUGAGGGGUUCCGCCUGGGUGCGCCUGUCAAGCGCGAGGAGACGCCCGAGAUGGAGGUGGACAUGGGCCGCGAGGCACAGGUCAAGGUCAAGCUCAACCUCGACUUUGCGCGGGAUUGGGAAGUGUCUGACUAUGCGAAAGAGGGCGAUCCGGGGUUUAAGAAACCCAAGAAGAAGAGGGCUAAGAAGUCGACACGCAGAGCCGAGGUCGAGGAGGACGAUGGAAUGGACGUCGAGCCGACGUUUACAAAGCGUGUGGUGGGUGACACGCCCGACAAUCUCGUCGACGACGACGAUCUGCAAGCCGCUCUUGCCCGAAGCCGACGACAAAUCACCAAAAAGAAGCCACGAGCCAAGCCAGAGGAUCUGGCUGCACAGAUCAAGCAAGAGCGCGAGGUCGACCCUGCACCUCAGGAGGAUGAUGGCGAUGACGACGGGCGCAUCACCUUUGACGAGACAAGCGAGUUUGUCCGUAAUGUUACGGCUGAGAGCCGCGCUGCGCCAGUUAAGAAGGAGAGGUCACGCUCCGCGAGCGCGACACCAGCACGCACCCUCGCGCCUCCCGCAGCCAAUGGCGGAACCGUUGUUGUCAAGGUCGAGCGAGUGGAUGAGGACAUUGAGAUGAGCGACGACGAGGACGAGGAUGAGAUGCUCGCGGAAAUGGCCGCGCGUGAGGGCAUGUCUCUGGCCGAGUACCGGCUCAAGAUCGACAGCCAGAUGGCUGAGCUAGGUGACAUGGCGAAGGCGCAAGAAGAGCCCGAAGCCGUUGUGGGCAACGGUCUCGCAGGCGUGCUCAAUCUCUUGCGCAACCAGGGCUCGUUGGAGAAGCGCUCUGAGGCCGAUGCUGAGCGCGAGCGUUUGCAGAAGCAGCACGACCUGUGGCUCGCCGACCACCGGCGACGGCAGGCGCAGCGCGAGCUGGAGCGCAUCGCGGCGCGCGGCGGCAACAAGGACCAGGCACAGCGCGAGUACGAGAACCGGCAGCGCGAGGCGGCGGAGGCGCGCGACGCACUCGAGGCGUUCAAGCACUACAAGCCCGAUGUGUCGAUCAAGUAUCACGACGAGUUGGGGCGCGAGAUGAGCGUCAAGGAGGCGUGGAAGAGUCUGUCACACAAGUUCCACGGCAAGACGAGCGGACGCAUGAAGACAGAAAAGCGGCUACGCAAGAUUGCCGAGGAGCAGGCGGCGCAGCGCAUGGCGGCCGGCGACACACCGCUCGGCAUGAGCAACGCGUUCGCGCGCCGCCAGGCGAAGACGGGCGAAGCACACAUGGUGCUUUCGGUAGGGAACAAGGGCAGUGCGGCUGGGCUUGCGAAGAAGCGUUGAGCCGUGUUGAUGGACCUGCGAUGUAUUUUGUGUGAGAAC